AUGCUUUGUGGAAUAAUGAUGAGAACUUUCGGUAGCGGGUCUGUGUGCGCGCGCUUACUGUCACAGAGAGCAAAGUCUGCAACAUGCAGAGCUGCACAUCACAGCGGCUCAUUCGAUGUGGCCAUUAUUGGUGGAGGGAUUGUUGGAUUGGCGUCCGCCAGAGAGCUGAUCCUCAGGCACCCAAACCUCAGCUUUGCCCUGCUUGAGAAAGAGAAAGAGCUGGCUCUCCAUCAGACAGGUCAUAACAGUGGUGUAAUCCACACUGGGAUUUACUACACUCCGGGCUCUCUGAAGGCUCAGCUCUGUGUCCGCGGAGCCACACUCGCUUAUGAGUACUGCCAGAAAAAAGGGGUUCCGUAUAACAGAUGUGGCAAGCUUAUCGUAGCAGUGGACAGAGAGGAGAUUCCCCGUUUAAAAGCUCUAUAUGAGCGUGGUCAGAAAAACAAUGUGCGAGAUCUUCGACUGAUUGACGCCAAAGCCAUCAGAGAGAAAGAGCCGUAUUGCAGGGGCAUCAUGGCAUUGGACUCUCCAUACACAGGCAUUGUUGAUUGGCGGGAAGUUGCUUUGGCGUAUGGUAAGGACUUCCAGGAAGCAGGUGGCACCGUGAUGACUGACUAUGAGGCAUCUGACAUGAGUGUGGCAGCAGAGAGUCAAGCUGACAGCACUAAUGGGCAGAAAUACCCCAUCAUCAUCAGAAGCUCUCAGGGCAAGGAGGUGCGCUGUGCUUUUGUGUUGGCGUGUGGUGGUCUCUACUCUGACCGCUUAUCUGAAAUGUCUGGCUGUAGUUCAGAGCCUCGUAUCGUUCCUUUCAGAGGAGAUUACCUGGUGCUCAAGCCAGAGAAAAAUUACCUGGUCAGAGGCAACAUCUACCCCGUGCCAAACCCACGAUUCCCAUUUCUCGGAGUUCAUUUCACUCCUCGAAUGGAUGGAAGUGUCUGGCUAGGUCCAAACGCGGUGUUGGCUUUUAAACGAGAGGGAUAUAAACUCUUUGACUUCGACGCACAAGACUUCGUUAACGCACUCUCAUUCAGUGGUCUGCAGAGACUGGUCAUGAAGAAUGUAGUGUAUGGAGUUGGAGAGAUAUAUAGAGGUGUGUUUCCUGGCGCUCAGGUGAAGAUCCUGCAGAAAUUCAUACCCGAACUGAGCCCCAGUGAUGUCAUCAGGGGGCCGUCAGGUGUCCGGGCACAAGCUUUGGAUGCUGAAGGAAACCUGGUGGAUGAUUUUGUGUUUGACGGUGGGAAAGGAGAGCUGGGCAGUCGUGUUCUGCACGUACGUAAUGCACCAUCUCCUGCUGCAAGCUCAUCUCUGGCCAUCGCUGAGAUGAUCGCGGAUGAGCUGGAGAAGAGAUUUCAGCUGUAG